CUUAGAUCAUACUUAUGUGACUGUGCAAUGAGCUUGAUAAGUAGCUACCUAGUAUAUACACUCUUUAAUACCUACUAAUUUCUACAGCUGCUAUGCCAGAGAUGUCGAGAAUUCAAUAUUAGGCAAUCAUCCAGGUACUUUGCUAGUAUCCUAUAGACGGUUUCCUAUCUGUACCUAGAAGCUGCAGUAAGACGCUUAAUUACCCACCUCCUCACCAGUAGUCGUCGCGAUCUAUAAAGCAACAUGACGACCCCCCCAUGAAAAUUUUCCGCUCCAGAUUCUUUGAUCUCUAAAGGCCAUAACUACCUAAUGUCGUCUGUUAUUGAGGUGCACACAGAGAAGCUGCCAGCGGUCCCUGCCGACGUAACAGCGGGAUGGCUAGGCUCUGUCCUCGGCCACAAGAUCAAAUCGAUCACAUUAACCGACACAAUACUGGGAACAGGUAGCAAGCUAUUCUUCACCAUCGAGUAUGCGGAUGACAUAGCCGACCCAAGCGCGCGGCCGAUACACAUCUGCGUGAAGGGAGUAUUUGAGCCCGCGAUGCUCGCGGCUCACCCCUGGACCCUGCUCCUGGCGAAACACGAGGCCAGGUUCUUCGCGAAGAUGGCACCGAUCAUAAAACACAUGGGCUACCCGAGAGGCUGGUGGGGCGGGACAAGCGACACGCAGGGCAUCGCGAUUAUGUCGGAUCUCACCCACGAAGGGUGCACCUUUCCAGGCGAAGCGGCUUCCUACCCCUUAGAGAAGGCGCUCGACGGCGCCGCGCAGAUCGCCGGGCUGCACGCGCAGUUCUGGGGGCAAAGCGCGGAGCAGGAAUUCCCUUGGAUAGAGAACAAAUACGACAUCGCGAUGAAGCAAAUCGUCGAGCCGUGGGACAGCGUCGUGCGCGAGCCCGGGCGCCCCGCGCUGCCUCCGUACCUCAUGGACGGCGCGCGCGUGAAGCGCGCGCAGGCGAAGUUCUACGCGACGCGCAACCCGCGGUUCCGGACGCUCGUGCACGGCGACACGCACCUCGGCAACGUGUACUUCACGGCCUCGGGGCGGACGCGGUUCCUGGACUGGUCGGCGUUCCACUUCGCCUCGUGCUUCCACGACCUCGUCUACUUCGUGUCGUCGAUCCUGAGCGUUGCGGACCGGCGCGCGCACGAGAUGGAGGUGCUCGACCACUAUCUGGAGACUUUGCACAGGCUCGGAGGACCAAAGCUGGAUCGUGCCGAUGAGGAGCUGAUGGUGGAGUAUAGGAGGUGCUACAUGACGAACCUCAUUUGGCCGGUCUGUGGGUACGUGCUGCAGACGAAAGAGCGGGUUGAUGCGUUCACGGAGCGCACGGUUGCGGCGUGGGUUGAUCAUAGGGUUAUUGAGACCAUUGAGGCACAGCCGUAGGCAGUGAGAGCGAGUGUCAGCAUGGAGGCAUGGAGGCAUGGAGGCAUAAGUCUUUUUUGGGUUAAACGGGGGCUGUUUAUUUUCUAAGGUA